AUGUCGAUGCUCCCUGCCGAUGUGCAGGGAGCGCUCACUCACCUCCUGCAAAACUUGCAAAGUGGAGAUAAUGCAGUUAGAUCAGGUGCAGAGAACGAGCUCAAUAACGAGUGGUUCACCAAUCGUCCCGAUGUCCUCCUCAUGGGCCUCGCGGAACAGAUCCAGUCAGGCCAAGACAUACAGACACGGUCAUUUGCUGCUAUCCUAUUCCGACGGCAAUCGUCCAAGACCAAGAAGGGCGCAGAUGGGCACUCUCGAGAACUCUUCCUCGCCCUAAGUGCCGAUGCACGCACAGCCAUCCGGUCUAAACUCCUCGAGUGCCUCGCAAGCGAACAGAUCAAUCAUGUCAGGAACAAGAUCGGUGAUGCCAUCGCUGAAAUUGCGCGUCAAUACACAGACAGAGGCGAGAGCUGGGUCGAGCUGUUGAACGCCCUCUUUCAAGCCAGCCAGUCCGGUGACCACGGUCUGCGAGAAUGCGCGUUCAGGAUAUUCUCGACUACGCCCAAGAUCAUCGAGAAGCAGCAUGAGAGCGCUGUGCAAGAAGUCUUCGGCAAAGGUCUGAAAGAUUCGAGCAUCGAGGUUCGGCUGGCUGCUGUCGAGGCCUUCGCGUCUUUCUUCGCCAGUAUCUCCAAGAAGAACCAGACGAAAUACUACUCCUUGAUCCCUGAGAUCCUGAACAUUCUACCGCCGUUGAAGGAGACGGGCGACCAGGAGAAUCUUUCAAAGGCAUUCAUCUCGCUUAUUGAGCUGGCUGAGAGUGCCCCGAAGAUGUUUAAGAACCUGUUCAACAACGUCGUCAAAUUCAGUAUCUCUGUCAUCCAGGACAAGGAGAUGAGUGAUCAGACAAGGCAGAAUGCACUCGAGUUGAUGGCCACAUUUGCGGAAUUUGCGCCCGCCAUGGCCAAGAAAGACCCGAAUUUCACAAGCGACAUGGUCACACAGUGCUUGAGUCUGAUGACUGACAUCGGCGCUGAUGACGAUGAUGCCACUGAGUGGAACUCACAAGAAGAUCUCGAUAUGGAGGACAGCGAUCUCAACCAUGUCGCAGGUGAACAGUGUAUGGAUCGACUUGCAAACAAGCUUGGUGGACAGAUCAUGCUGCCGGCGACUUUCACUUGGCUUCCUAGAAUGAUUCACUCAUCAGCAUGGAGAGAUCGGCACGCUGCUCUUAUGGCUAUUUCUGCAAUCUCAGAGGGCUGUCGCGACCUAAUGAUCGGUGAGCUCGACAAGGUAUUGGAGCUGGUCGUUCCUACACUAAAGGACCCUCAUCCACGAGUUCGAUUCGCGGGCUGCAAUGCUCUGGGUCAAAUGAGCACAGACUUCGCCGGCCCAAUGCAAGAAAAGUACCACCAAGUCGUCCUGUCGAGUAUCAUACCUGUCCUGCAGUCACCCGAACCUCGCGUACAGGCUCAUGCUGCAGCAGCGCUGGUCAACUUCUGCGAAGAAGCAGAAAAAGCCAUCCUGGAGCCGUACUUGGACUCAUUGCUCAACAACCUGCUGCAACUGCUCCAGUCGCCGAAGCGAUACGUCCAGGAACAAGCAUUGUCCACAAUUGCUACGAUCGCAGAUUCUGCUGAGAGCGCCUUUGUCACAUACUACGACGGUCUAAUGCCGCUACUGUUCAACGUGCUGCGAUCUGAGCAGUCGAAAGAAUAUCGCCUGUUGCGUGCUAAAGCUAUGGAGUGUGCGACUCUUAUUGCGCUGGCCGUAGGCAAAGACAAGAUGGGACAAGAUGCCGUUGGACUGGUCGAGACCCUCGGCAUAAUACAGCAAGGCAUUACAGAUGACGACGAUCCGCAGGCACAAUAUCUCCUCCACUGUUGGGGACGCAUGUGCAGAGUUCUCGGUUCAGAUUUUGUACCCUACUUAGGUGGUGUCAUGCCGCCAUUGCUGGAGCUGGCCAAAGCCAAGGCCGAUAUUCAACUCCUCGAGAACGACGACGAUCAGAUCGAAGAUGAAGGCUGGGAGCUUGUCCCCCUCAAAGGCAAAGUCAUCGGCAUCAAGACACAGACCCUUGAGGACAAGAACACAGCGAUUGAGUUAAUCACCAUCUAUGCUCAAAUCCUUGAGGCUGCCUUUGCACCCUACGUUGCCAACAUUGCAGAAGAGAUCGCUCUUCCCUCAUUAGCAUUCUUCUUCCACGACCCAGUCCGAGUCGCAGCAGCCAAGCUCAUCCCUCAGCUUCUCAACUCCAUCAAGAAAGCUUACGGCGAUCAAUCACAAGAGCUGAUGCAGCUGUGGGCGCGAUGUGCGGACAAGGAGAUCGAGAUCCUAUCAGCCGAGCCAGCGAUCGAGACACUCGCAGAAAUGUUCCAAUGCUUCUACGAAUCGAUCGAGGUCGUUGGCAAGAACUGCCUGACUGCAGAACAUAUGACCAAAUUCAUCGACUCAACACAAGACACCUUGAAAGAGUACCAAAAACGCGUCCUCGAGCGCGCAGAAGAGCGCGCCGAUGCCGCCACACAAGGAGCCGAGGAAGAAGACGACAGCAUGUCGAUGCAAUACGCUAUGGAAGACGACCAAACCCUCCUCUCAGACAUGAACAAGGCCUUCCACACCAUCUUCAAGAACAUGGGCGCCAAUUUCCUGCCUGCCUGGGAGCGACUCAUGCCAUUCUACGAUGGUUUUAUCACCAGCACCGCUGACCCCACCCAGCGGCAAUGGGCGACAUGUAUCUUCGACGACGUUCUCGAAUUCUGCGGUCCUCAAUCCUGGAACUAUAGUUCCCAUAUCAUGCAGCCGCUGAUCAACGGCAUGCAAGACUCCAACGCCGCAAACCGGCAGGCUGCAGCCUAUGGCGUCGGUAUUGCCGCACAGAAAGGUGGCGAGCAGUGGUCAGAAUUCGUCGCACACGCCGUGGACACUCUCUUCCAGGUGACACAAGUGAACAAUGCACGAGGCGAGGACGAAGUGUUCGCGACCGAGAAUGCUUGUGCCGCCAUCGCAAAAAUCCUCCAUUUCAACAACACCAAGGUCCAAAACGCACAGUCCGUUGUCGAGCGCUGGAUCGACACGUUACCCAUCACCAACGACGAAGAGGCUGCGCCGUAUGCAUACAGUUUUCUGUGCGAGCUGAUUGAUACAUCAAAUCCAGCAAUCCCACCCCGCGCCUCUCAAAUCUUCACACAAAUCGUCCUGGCCCUUGAAGCCGAAACGCUACAAGGCCAGACAGCGCGCAAAGUCGCCGAGGCCGCGAAGAAACUCGUCUCGCAGAACCCGAGUGCCAUCAAUGCCGAUGCAGUCUUGUCGAAUCUGACGCCCGAGGGACAGGCGACAGUGAAGUCGUAUUUCGAGUAG